AUGAAACUGCCAAAGUGGACACAUGUUUUUUGGGGUGCCAGUUUCUGGUGUUAUCCAUUAUACGUUCUUGUCAAUUUACAUCGCGUGGAAGUUGUAAAAUAUGACAUAUAUGGGAAUUUAAUACAAGACACGGCAGUAGCGGAAUAUUGGUGGCGUUACCCAGCUAGAAAAAAGGAUCGGCAAUAG